AUGCUCAUUCAGUUGGCCCUUGCGGCCUUUGCCCUGGUGGCAGUGUUCCUCUUCUUGCUCAACAGAAUUCCCCAUGUCACUGUCAGGUCGCUUGGAUGGCUAUCGCUACGAAACAUCACCAUUGACCUCAAAGAUACGACCGUCCACCUCGAUAGAGCAUCAUUUUGGGUCAAUUUCAGACGAUCGUCCCAGGAGCCCUUCCGCAUGAUCCACAUAGGCUUGUUCGGGGUAUCCGUGCACCAGCGAAGAAGCUCCAACGAGAGCGCUAGGAAGGAGAAACCCAAGGCGCCGUCGAUUCCCGAACAUUUGGAGUUUACUGUGCCUGAGUGGGCUUACCGCUGGACGCUCAAGAGAUCCUGGAUCAAUCAGAUUGACAUUCAUGUGUUGCGGUGCUCAUACCACAAUGAAGCUGUCUCGGAAGACAUAUCGGCCCAUUUCGACUAUGUUCGUCUUCACAACCGCUACAACCCAUCUACCAGCGUCUACAGGUUAUCUUUGUCGGUCAUUGACGGCUACUUGAUGAACCUGCACUCCGAUUUGUCGGGAACCGGAAAGCUGAUCAAAAUAUUUCGCAGCGUUGCUGUUGCCCUUGAGUCCUCGUUGGUAUUUUCAUGUUGUGCACUCAACAGGAAGAUAAUGGUGGUCAAUUGGAAGGACAUAUCUGUCCAGCUCUCCGUGGCUAACCCGUACAUUAAGCCCAUUUCAGGGUUGAAGGCUCAGGUGUGCCAGAAUAAUGAGAAAACAACAUAUGACGCCUCUGACAAAAUCCCUAUGUUGGACCAGAUAAUCAAGGCUUUCGCCAUAAUGUCGUCUGUGGAACUUCGUGUGGAAAGUUUCAAGGCUGAAUUCUCUGAUAUAGCGCUUGAGGUGUCCAGUACUUUGCUAUCCUUGAAAAGAGAGAAAUCUUUUAAGCUCCACACCAUCGCUGCUGCGUCCGCCUACGUCAACUCACUCAGAGUCUUCAACUCUGAGACAAAGUGCGUUGACAUUCCAUCCCUUACAUAUUUAUUUGAGUGUGAUUUGGCGGACUUAUUCAGGGCCUAUGAGUCCAAUAAUAAGGACAAUUUCUUUGUCGAUGUGAGCACAAGUCUUGAUAUCACUCAUCCAUCUCUUGAUAUUUAUUUUGAUCAACUCGGUCCCAUCAUGGCCAUGUUAAAACUGUCUCACCAGAAGUCGAAGAAUACCGCUGUGCAAGAACAAAAAUCAUUCAUGCCAGUGCCUUUGAGUAAGUACCUUCGGAAGCUAAGGGUGACGUCCGUGAAGCUUGGAGUAUCUGACAUAAGAUUGACACUACAUUUGCCUGCCAUGGGUCUGAAUGAAUUCAAUCGUUCUUCGGUCAAUAAUGUCACCGCAACGAUGAACGUGGCCUAUAUAUUGACAAAGUAUUCAUCAAAAGAAUUGGGCAAAAUUCUUCUGCUUCGUCAUACUCCGGAUGACCCACCAGCAACUCUUAAAGCUUUAGUGAAGGUCAAAAACUUGUUAGUUGAUAUCGAAGAGAACCUGGCAUCAACGACAACGAUGACCUUGAUGGUUGCAUAUUGCCUCAAUACUCAUAGAGUGAAGUUAAAAUUCUUGACCAAACGACUUAUGACUAAAUCUGUCAACAACAUGAUCUUCUAUGUGGUUCGUCGUUUACGUGAGAGUCAUAUAAAACAUUAUAAUGAGAUGUGCAAGAACAUUGUUCUGACAGACGUUUCCGAUAAAGUUGAGCACGAAAUUGCUGAAGCUGAUGAUAAAACUGUCGAAUAUAUCGACAUCCUUCAAUUGAUUCCAGAGUUUGUGACCCUGAUUUCCCUUAGUGCGAAGGAGUUACAUGGCACAAUAGUUUGUAAAGACGGGCUCCCGUCGCAUAAGGUACCAAGUGACACACUUGAUGACACAUUAGAUUUAGCUGAUUUCAGAAGGGGGGUGUCAUUGGUAAUGAGGGACUACAAGUCUACAUUCGAUAGAAGAAAUAAGCGCUUUUCUACGGACUUUGCAGAAAUCGAAGUGUUUGUCCUUAGUGAGUAUGCUGCAAAACAUAUUCAUAAAGACUUCCUUGACAAUCAAGCUGGCGUCGCAGUCGAGGAAGAUUUCAGUGAUCUUCUGAGUAUAGAGUCAUUUGGUGAUGAGGAUAAAGAGAAAUCUUCUACUUCAAAACAGCGCAGUGUUUUAGUUGUUAAAGAUCUCAGCAUCAGAACUAUACACAACAGAACGGACAAGUUGAUCGUGACGGUUCCCGAAGUUGAUGGGAAGAUCGAUAUGUUUUUGAUUUGGUGCAUUUUCUAUGCUCGAAGUUUGCUCAAACAAUUUCAACCCAACGUUAAAAUCGAAUACUCAAAAAAUGAUGUGAAACGACUCACGGGUCACCAUAAAAAGAUUAAACUUGACGUAAACCUAGAUUCUGUUGCCUUGAAGAUUCUGCUCCCUAAUAAUGUGGACACCCUUUUUGAGAUAGAGGGAAUGAAAAUCAGUGAUGCAACCAACUGGCCGAGAUUUGACCUCAAGCACUGUCGACUCUACGUUGUUCACCCUGCAACGAAGGCUUGGACCAGAUUGAUUUGCAUUCACAAUACCCAUUCAUCUUUAGGCGAGCUUCUUCAAGAUACUUGCUACUUGAAGUCAUCCAGUAUCUUGAUUUACGUUCCAUUUCGCUACUUAUUUUACUCUGUCAUUGACAAUAUCAUUACAAUGGUGAAAGCCAGUAAGCAGAUUAUUCACAAUUUCAAGAAGCUCAACGAAGGCGAUCACAAUUUUGAACGUCUUAUGCCAGAGGAAAAGCGUCCAAUUUUAUUCCCAAGCAUUAAUUGGUGCGCAGAUAAAUUUAAUCUAUCCUUAGAAGACGACAUAUUCGAGACUGAGCUUAGUCUCAUAUACGAAUUGGGUCAAAUUGAGCAGCUUAUCAGAAAAAAGAAAUGGCUAAAAUUUGAAGAGGAAGCCAAAGCACUUCGAGAACAAGUCAAAACCCAAUCCACUGAAUUAGACGCAAAUGCUUCCGUUGACAAGAGACGCUUUCUUUCUUCCCGAAGGUCUAAAAAGCCAUGCCACCAUGGCCAUAUAAACAUUGCCAAUACUUUCCGCCAUGGAUUUAGUAGAGGUCUGGAGAAAAGUGUUCCCAAUAGAUCUGGGACAACCCUUCCUGAAAGUCUAAGAACCGAACAAUCGGAUUUUAGUCCGGAAUCACUAGGCUUCAAUUCGGAGGAUAUCGAGGCUCAAAUAGAGCAGGCAAGAGAGCGUCUCAACGAAGAAAUUUCUAUGUCAUGGAUUGCAAAUUUCAAUAGGUUUAAUAGGACGAAGUAUACAAGAGCCAGGCGCAUGAAGACCAAGAUCACUGGCAAUGACCGGAUCUCGCCAUUGAUGGGAGAGAAGUACAACAUUCAAAAACUGGCUCCAGGCGCUCCUAUAAUGGCAGUGUCCUUCCAUGGCUUCGAUCUCACACUCAAGAAGGCUGAAAUUGAUAACAUUGAUGAGUUUUUGAGAGUGUACGGCAAAGGUCAGCCUAAACUUCAGUACUCAAUUCUCAUCCCUCUUUUCAUCCAGCUCAAGGCGUCGUGCUUUUACAUUUCGUUGAAAGACUAUCCUUUGCCUCUCCUUUUGUUCCCGGAAAACGACAAGUCCUCUCAGGGUAUGGACUUGAAGGGUAAUGUUGUGAUCAAUGAGAAGCUUGUAUUAAGAGAGGAGGAAAUGAGACAUAUCUAUGUUCCUUUCACUGCAGCAGCCGUGAAGGAGAGGUCUGUUGAUAAUUUCUACUCCACCAAUGUCCCACGUACUCUCACUCCAGUGAAAAUGAUGUUUGAUAUUUCAUGCUUGGUGGACACUGAGAAGCCAUGUAUAUUGAACUGGUCGAAAUCUUACCAGUCUGCAAUUCUGAGCGCUGCUAGUGCUUUAGAUAAUUUCUCCAAACCUCCAGUCGAUGAUUCCCCUAUUGGAUGGUGGGAUAAGAUGGCCUUGAUAAUGCACGGCAAGCUCAAGUUCGAGUUCCCCAAUGAGUUAUGCUUCCACAUGAAGAGCUCCUCCGAUCCGUACAAGAUAGUGGGAAAAAAUGCUGGUUUUAUGUGGGCUUGGAAAAAUGGAGUUGAACUCAAGUUCAACUACACUGGUGACCAAAGAGAGCUUGUCAUGCUUGACUCUUAUGAUUUUGUCUUCGGUGUUCCUGAUUGCUCGUAUGCUAAGGGCUUGCCCUGGAGCUCAAUGCAUCCUUUCAACGAUGAUAGUCAUAUCGACUCGUACGACGGCAGGACUUUUAAAAAGCAAGUGAUGAAGUUUUCUUCGGAUGAGAAGGUAAGAUGGAGACUUGGCCUUUUGUUCGAAAGGAAUGAGGAUGUGACCUGUCACGAUGUAAGUGCUGACUACAAGCGUACGAACGAGUUCAAACCCCAUUACGAUGUUAUUAUUACAAAUCCUGAAUUUGAAUGGCAUCCAGACUCGUACGAAGGUUACAGAUCUGACUACUUACACCUUGCAAUUGGGGUAACUUCAAUCUCAAAGAAGGGCAACAGUCAUAACACAGCAUAUCUCACUCCGGUUGCAUUUCAAUACUUUUUCUAUUGGUGGCAUAGCAUUUCUAACACCGUUUCCAUGCCGGUAAGACAGGGUAAACUUUAUCCAACGACGGCGAUGAAAACAUCCAUUAAAAUGGGUCCACAUCUUGUGACUUUCAAGUAUCAACUCAUUUUGGAACCACUUGCGGUCAGCCAUAUGUACACAUCCUAUGAAAACCUGGACCAGGGUCCUCAUGUAAUUGUGACUGGCUUGAAAGGUAAGAGCACGAAAUGUCAUAUAGAUCUUCAUCAGAGGAAGGAGGUCAUCAGAUAUGUCAAUGAGAAAUUGGGAAUAGACAAGAAAGUGCAUCACAUGAAGCUUCAUUUAGGCGAAGUGAGAGUGUGCGACGCUGACAUUAGAGCCAUUAAGGCCACUUUCAAGGACCCUUCAAUUCGUGGUUAUGUAAUGGCUCACUUUACUAGCCAAGUCAAUGAACCUUUUGACCCCGAGAAGUAUCAUGAGCAUGUCGCCAUGCGUAUGGAGACGAUUCGCUCCUCUAACUGGAUCAAGUCAAUCGAGUGCUCUGAACUGGAUCUUGCUUGGCUUGAUCAGGAUGACUUUGUUGAGCUAGAGCUUCGAGAGGAGCUCUCCGCAGAUCCAAAAAUUACGGUUCUACCAUUCUUCACUACUCCUCGAUUCACGUACUUCCGUGAGUUCACAUUGGAAAAGCAUGCUCACAAGUACCCGUUCCGAAAUGAACCAUCUCAUGUAUGUUACAUCGGUGGUGAAACGCCCGAACUGGUUCAGGCGGAUAUCUUGAAAAAAAGAGCAGCGUCUCUUAUGGAUGAAAUACGCUCAAACCAGACGGUCAUUCAAAAUCUACAUGACGCUAAUGGCUCGCACGAUCAUUCUGAGAUACAACGCUUGCAGAAAGAAUGUGAAGAUUAUGAGGACAGAAUCGAUGUGGUGAACGAGAUGUAUCAAGAAUGUACCGAUGCUACUGAAGAUGUUCGUCUGUUCUGUGGAGGCUCCAAGUCAGUUGAUGGCAAGAGCGUAAUCAAUGGACAAGGAGAUAAUCAUGCUGAUGCCAACAGUAUCAAAAAGAGAAUGUCAAAUGUCCAAUCUUUAUACUCUGGGUACUCUGGCUACAAGUCAAUAGCAGGUGAGGUCACUUCAGAGAAUUCUGGCUUCAGUGAAUUCCACAAUCGAUUUUUAUUCCACAGUCUCACACUCAAAUGGAACAAUCAAACUCGAAACCUCGUUACGGCUUAUAUGGCAUUAAUUGGCGUCAGAAGAACAGAAACCCUCAUGAUGUCCAAGAAGGCAGUUGACCUUAUUGAGAGCUUCGUGAAACAGAAACGCCAGAUGGAGGAACAAACAAACGAAGAGCCGGAUGAGCAGUUUAAGCUGACAUUCCGAAGCUCGGGAGAUGUCAUUCAGGAAUUCGAGGAGUAUCUCAACUCGUUAACCUCGGAUAAUCACGAAAUGGAGCAUAAAUUCCUCGUUAAGUUCAUUAGACCUCAAAUUCAACUUGAAAGUGAGGUCGAUCCAAACUCUAUGGUAUCAGUCACCUCUGAUGACAUCGAAAUGAGGAUUCUCUCCGAGAACAUUGCUGGCGCAGACGAUGUCAUCGGUGACAGUAACGAGGAGGAAGUUAAUGCUGUCGAGUCUCGAUACGGAGUUCUCUUCAAGGAUAUGCAAGCAUUUGUUUUUCACAGGGAGAAUUUUUCUCUGGAUGCAAAGAGCCCGUAUGGCGAUGUCUCCAGAAAUACAUGGCCACCAUCAGUGGACUGUGAAGCAUGUAUUGAUGAUAGUUGGCUUGAGGAUGACCUUGUGAUUGAGAAAACAUCUAUGGCUUUGAUGUACAAGAAGCCCAACUUUUUGUCCUUAGAGUACGCUGCAAAGUUGAAUGCAGAUGAGCUCAGCGUUCACUUGGCCAAGAUUGUUGUGAACGCUACGUCGAGGCAAUACUCAGCCAUAUACUACAUCAUGCUUAAUCUCCUUCUUGAUGGCAAGGCUGCCAAAGAACAACUUCAUCAACGAUUUGACCAGAUCAUAGAAUUCUCGACCUUGGAAGAUACGACUGGUCUUGCCGAAAAGGUGAAGCUAUUGCAGGAAAACAUUAAGGUUUGUCAGCAUAUUCUCUUGUCAAUGGAAGAAACCUUGAAUCAUCAAAGCCUAGAUGAUCGAAGAGGAAAAUCCCAUGUGGAACUUGAGAUGGAUAAGAUGAUGGUUCAACUCACCAUGAUAACACUGGCCCUCAAGUCGGCUUCAUCGCAAGGAAAGGGCAACCGCGGCGUUGGCAAAUACUGGAACAUUUACGCUGAUCAAGUUAUUUGGCAUCUUGUUGAAAACUCAAAAGAGCCUUUAGUCGACUUGGCCUUGGCUCCCUCCAAAUUUCAGCGUAUUGACAUGGUGGAUGGUUCGAACACCAAUCUUAUCGAAAUCUCCAUGAUGCAAGCCUUCAACUUGCGUCGCAAAGCUGCAUAUCCUGAUUUCAUGCUGCCCUUGAUCAACGACUCCACUUAUCAAAAAAACAAGCCUGUCGUGACAAUGUCAUGGAAAAUGCUCAGCCGUGUUGGAGGCAUUAGGAUAAUGAGAAACGCCAAGUUGAGUUGCCAGCCUGCAAGUCUUCAGCUUGAUUACGAUUCUGCCCAAAUACUCCUUGAAUACUUGUUCCCUAAAGAUGAAAAGGGAACCAACAAGCAGGAAAAUGAGAAUGGCAACUUAGGUCGGGAGUACGGUAACUCAGAAGAUCUGGAUGGAAGUUAUGAGAGUAACCUGUCUAAGAGCAAGCAAAUGAAUAAUUCUUUUAGAAGGAUGUUUGCGAGAAGAAAUGGCAGCCCCAGUCAGGAUGCUAGCUCUGCUGACUCACCUAAAAAAAGCUUCAUGGACGAUUCUAGCAGUGUGGACAAUUCGUCCACUCAACUUUCAUCUGCUGACUUACCCUCAUUUAACUCAACCACGAAAUGGACACAAGGAAUGAAGAGAAAGCACCAGAAAAGAGCUGAAUCUGUUGACGAACUUUCAGUCAUCAUGAACCGUUCGUCUAAGUUCUUUGUUAUCGAUGAGAUUGAGCUUACAGGAAUGAAACUCAGAAUGAGUUUCAAGGCGCCUAAGCACCUCAACAUUAUUGAUGUUCAUAAGCUCAUGAUAUCGAUCCCAUCGUUGCAUUACAAGCAGAAAACGUGGUCUGGAGAGGAUCUCAUUCUUCAGUUAAAAAAAGAGAUUGUGAAGAUUGUGUUAUCGCACACUGGUAAAAUUAUCGGUAACAAGUUCAAGCACAGAAAGAGGCCAGGUAACAAAGAACCACUCAAGCAAAUCACGGACUUUACUCAUUACGUGGCGCUAGACGAUUUACAAGAAGAGAACACUCUAAGCGAGUCUUCUUCCGAACAAGAGGUUGUCACAAGAUCAAGCAUUCUGCCAGGGCAGACCGAGGAGCUGAGGAAGUCUCGUACUCCAUCUAUUGCGAGAGAGAAAGCGCCAAUUUUGAAAAUUGACUCAACAAAUUCCUAG